CGUGAAAAAUGUCCAUAAUAGAUUAUCAAAAGGGGACGGAGGGAGUAAAUAACUAUUGAUGUAGUGAUGAUUGGUCCAAAAAGUGAACCAAAUGGACAAAAAAAACAAAAAAACAAAAAAACAAAAAAAGAGUUACUAACGACCUAACUCCUGUCUGCAGUUUCGCGCGUUUCCCCUUUCAACGUCUACAACUACACAAACCUAUAGUCACCUCUAAACCUCCAUUUUCUCUCUCUUUCUUCUGCAUGAAAGUUUCAGACAUGGCUACUUUCCGCUUACUUCGUUCUCAAUUUCACAAUCUCAAACUCAAUGGCUUCCAUUUUCUCUCUCCUCCAACUAACUGCAAAAUCUUCCACAAUCGUUUUCCUCAAAACCCUCAAUUUUCCCGCCAUUUUCAACCUCCUUUGAAUUCUCGUUUAAUUCACUCGCUUAACCGUCGACUAUCCCCUGAAUCUCCUGUUCUCGCCGUCAAUGGCCGAAGCGAAGAAACCCCAUCAAAUUCUCCAGAUUCUAAACCCAUUUUCGAUCAAAAACCUAGGGUUUUGUCCAUGUUUGGUCCGGACUUAAUUAACCCUAAAACGAGUGAUUCUGAUGAAGAAUCAGUUAAAAAUCGAUUGAAUUCGGUUCCGAAUCACUCGAAUGGGAAGAAGGGGAAGAGUAAGGAGUAUUGGGUAUGUUCUGAUUGUGGGCAUACUGAAGCGAAAUGGUGGGGGGCUUGUAAUGCUUGCAAAAAAUUUGGUACUUUGAAGUCGUUUGUAGUGAAAGAAGGUGUGGACGGAGGAAAGGUUAACGGGUUCGAGGUUUCCGAGAAUGCAAUGAAGUCUUGGUUGCCUGAGCAGAAUGAUAGGCAAGGUGGUCCGGUGAGGUUGGGGGAUGUGAACCGCGGUGUUAAUCCUUCUGAAUGGAGGAUUCAAUUGUACGGUACAUUCGGAGGUGAAUUUUCUAGAGUGAUUGGUGGUGGUGUUGUGCCAGGUUCACUGGUUCUGAUUGGUGGUGAUCCUGGCAUUGGCAAGAGCACCCUGUUAUUGCAGAUUGCUGCCUUAAUAGCAGAAAGUCCUGAUAAUUCUGAAAGCGCACCGGUGGUCUACAUCUCUGGUGAAGAGAGUAUUGAGCAAAUUGGAAACAGAGCAGAUCGGCUGAGCAUUAAUGCAGAGGACUUGUUUCUGUAUUCAAGCACUGAUGUUGAGGAUAUUUUGAAAAAGGUGUCACUUAUUUCCCCACGGGCUGUGGUCAUCGACUCUGUUCAGACUAUAUAUUUGCAAGGAGUGACGGGAAGUCCAGGAGGAAUGUCACAGUUGAAGGAAUGUACGGCAGCAUUGCUUCGAUUUUCAAAGAAGACAGGCAUCCCUAUUCUACUGAUUGGGCAUGUGAACAAGAUUGGAGACAUUGCAGGUCCUCGUGUUUUGGAGCACAUUGUAGAUACUGUGCUAUAUAUGGAGGGGGAAAAGCAUUCAACUUACCGCUUACUUCGUUCUGUGAAAAACCGCUUUGGGUCUACUGAUGAGCUGGGAGUAUUUGAAAUGGCAGAAUCUGGACUGCAAGCUGUUUUGAAUCCUAGUGAAAUGUUCAUGAGUGAGGAGCAUUCAGAAUCAGACCAUUUAGCUGGAGUUGCUGUUGCUGUAAUCAUUGAUGGCUCUCGAACUUUUCUUAUUGAAGUUCAGGCAUUAUGUGUAGCCGACUCUAUUGGCAAGCAUCUUAAUGGGGUUCCGACAAACAGAGCUGAUAUGAUUAUUUCAGUUCUUAAAAAGCAAGCGGGACUGAAAAUGCAAGACUAUAGUGUUUUUCUUAAUGUUGUUAGUGGAGUAUCUCUCACUGAAACUGCAGGAGAUCUUGCUGUGGCAGUGGCAAUUUGCAGCAGUCUUCUGGAGUUCCCUCUACCAAAUAAUGUAGCAUUUAUUGGAGAAAUUGGCCUUGGUGGUGAACUUCGAAUGGUUUCGAGAAUUGAAAAAAGGAUUAAUACUUUGGCUAAACUUGGAUAUAAAACCUGCAUUGUUCCAAAGUCGGCUGAAAAGGCCAUAGCAGCUCUCGGCUUUGAAGGGUUACAGGUAGUGGGAUGCAAGAACCUGAAAGAAGUCAUUGAUAAAGUAUUCAGUCCUUGAGAAGAGAAACCAUAAAUUUUCUCCUUUUUUGGCAUCUUAUAAAGCAUAUGUAACAUUGUUUUAUAUUAUGUUGUAUUGUUGUGUAAGAAUCUGAUAUAAUGUAAAUAUGACAUAGAUAGAUUAUUAGAUGUGCUCAUGUAUAUACAAUUUUACCUCUAGUUAAGGACGAAGGCUCGAAGCUCACUAGAGUGGUUCGUUCAUGUACUGAACAAGCACGUGAUUGAAUUGAAAUACACGUGCGAUUUUGCCGAUUGAUACUGCUAAUAUAAAAUAUUAGAGCCC